AUGUUGACGGUACUGUUAUGCAAAGCCGUCAGUAGGAAAACCCAGACGGGAAGGACCCUUUCUAAACAGAAUGCCACCGCUCAGAAAUCCUUAACACGACGACCAUUAAGAUGUGACCCCGAGGGAUCUUCUCAGAGUGAAUCAGAGCCGGACUCGUUUUCCUGUUCAGAGUGCGGAAAGCAAUUUUCCAGAUUGUCCGCUCUUAUCUCACACCAUGAAACUCACAAGGGCGAGGGGCCUUUCAUAUGUUCCAAUUGCGGGAAAUGUUUCACAGCCAAAACAGACGUUGUCUUGACGGGCGAGAAUCAGUUUUCGUGCUCCGCAUGUGGCGAAGGCUUGGGGCGAAAGUCCAGUCUCGGACAGAAGGCCGCGGUGGAGAAGCCGUAUUCUUGCUCGGAGUGCGGAAGGUGUUUUGCGAGCCAGGCUUCUCUCGACCGGCAUCAGCUGACUCACUCUGGGGAGAUGAAAUUCGAGUGCGUGGACUGCGGCAAACAUUUCCCAUUUCGCUCCAAGCUUUUGCAGCACCGCAGGAUGCACACCGGCGAAAGGCCCUACACGUGUUUGGAGUGCGGCCAGUGCUUUGCGUGGUCCUCCCACCUCCGCGCUCACCAGAGGAAUCACGAAGGCGUGACUUUUCCUUGUGUCGAGUGUGGAAAGUGUUUCAAAGAGAAGUCACGGCUGCUUGCUCACCAAAAAAUUCAUGCCGGCGAGGCGCCUUUUACCUGCUCGGAGUGCGGCAAAGGUUUCAUCACAAAAACCGACCUCGGCAGUCACAACAGAGUUCACACGGGGGAGAAGCCAUAUUCAUGUUCAGAGUGUGGUCAGAGAUUCGCCUGGUCCUCGCUGCUCCGUAGUCAUCAGAAAACACACUCGGAUGAGAUGCCUUUCUCCUGCACCGAGUGUGGCGAAGGGUUCCUGGACAAGUCCUCACUCGUGAGACACAGGGCAGCACACACGGGUCAGACGCCCUUCACAUGUUCUGACUGUGGCAAGGAGUUCUUGGACAAGUCUUACCUUAGCAGGCAUCGGAGGAUACACACGGGGGAAAAGCCUUUCGCGUGCUCGGAGUGCGGGAAGGAGUUCAUAGAUAGGUCAAAUUUUAUUAGACAUCAGCGGCUUCACACCGGGGAAAAACCAUUUAUGUGUAUGAAGUGUGGGAAGGCCUUCGCCCAAACCACCCAUCUGAUCAAACACCAGAAGGUCCACUCCCGUUAACUCAGAUCAUCUUCAUCAG